CAGUGUGGCUGUGGUUGGGGAGAGAUGGAGAGCGGGAUUACCGGGGAGCCUGCACUGGGCAUGGAGCAGUGAGCGCUGGACGAACAAGGGUUCGUUAACAUACAUAAGUGCACAUCUUAGCGGAUUUAUGACUUCGGGUUAGCACAGUUUAAAGCUGCGUCUUUGAGGCAUUUGGCUGAGAACAAGUCAACACAGUUCCUUGUGUGUAGAUUUUCUGGCCACAUUCAUGCUGUGAAUAUUCACAUCUUUUCUCAUAUAAUGGGGAUUCCAGCCAUUGGAGUAAACGGAAGCUGUGAUUAUUUAAUCAGCUAGAGUUACGAAGCCAUGCCUCUGGUUAAGAGGAAUAUAGAACCCAAGCAUCUUUGCCGUGGACCGGUCCCAGAUGGUAUAACCAGUGAACUGGAAUGUGUUACUAAUAGCACACUUGCCGCCAUCAUCCGACAGCUGAGUAGUCUAAGCAAACAUGCUGAAGAUAUAUUUGGCGAGUUGUUUAAUGAGGCAAACAAUUUCUACAUCAGAGCGAAUUCUCUUCAAGACAGAAUUGAUCGCCUUGCCGUCAAAGUCACCCAGCUGGAUUCAACAGUGGAAGAGGUUUCAUUGCAAGAUAUAAACAUGAGGAAAGCCUUUAAAAGCUCAACCAUUCAAGAUCAGCAAGUGGUCUCGAAGAGCAGUGUUCCACAUCCCAUCACUGACAUAUACAACAACUGCGAGAAACCCCCUCCUCUGAAUAUACUUUCACCAUACAGAGACGACAGAAAAGAUGGUUUAAAGUUUUACACGGAUCCUUCUUACUUCUUUGACCUAUGGAAAGAAAAGAUGCUGCAAGACACAGAAGAUAAGAGGAAAGAGAAGAGAAGACAGAAGGAACAAAAACGUGUGGACGGCACAACUCGUGAAGUUAAAAAAGUUAGAAAAGCUAGGAACAGACGUCAGGAAUGGAACAUAAUGGCAUUUGACAAAGAGCUGCGGCCUGACAACAGAUUGUCCCCAAACAUAUACCAAGGAGCCUCAUCCGAGGGAUCUCUCUCUCCUGAUACUAGGUCACACGUCUCCGAUGCCACAGAUUAUUCCUAUCCACCAACUCCAAACCACUCCAUUCACCAACAUUCCAUGACUCCUACGUAUGGAGGGUCAGGAGAUUCACAUCACCUCCCCUCCAACCAGAACCAUGAACAUGACUAUAGGUCCUCAACUGGAACAUUAAGACAUGGUACCCUAAGUAGACCUCAACAGCCACCACCACCACCUCCACCAGCUGCAGAUGGCCAACACCAAGUUCCACUAGUAUCUUCUGAUCCCAGGAAGGCACAUGCCACACAGAUGGAGUACUACCCUACAGGAUCUCCACCACCUCCUCCAGUUAUUCCUUCUGCUCAGACUGCUUUUGUCAGCCCUCUCCAGCACCCAACACCUGGAUCCCCUGCAGCACAUGUAUCCGGAUCGCAGUAUGUUCCUUCUCCACCUCCUGCUGGGCUUUUUAUGUCCGCCUCUCCUGGGCCUCCCCCUCCACCGCCUGGUCCUCCUGUAUCUGCUUUGUCCAUGUCCUCUUCACCAAUGCAUUUUUCCAAAGUGUUAGAAGCCAAGCGAAUGGAGAGUGCACAUAUACUUGGCUUGACCAGUGAUGCUCGUAGUGAUCUUCUGUCUGCCAUACGUAUGGGAAUUCAGUUGAAAAAAGUGCAAGAGCAGCGUGAGCAAGAAGCGAAGCGUGAGCCUGUCGGAAAUGACGUUGCCACCAUUUUGUCCAGACGCAUAGCGGUCGAGUACAGCGACUCUGAGGAUGAUUCAGAGUUUGAUGAAAAUGACUGGUCUGACUAAAAAAAAAAAAAAAAAAAAAUACCUAUAAAUACACCAUCAUUAAACAGAUUUUAUUCACCUGCCCCUAAGACCCUCUCUAAUCAUGAACUAACGUGUAUAGAAGAUGUAAUGGUUUUUAAAGGAAUUGUGGGAGCAGCCACCUUUAUCCUAAUUGGCUACGGGAAUGCAUAUAGGCAACGUGCUAAGAGUAAAGACACGCCCACUCCGCAGACACAAUAGAAUCUCAGGGACAGAAGGUGAAGACAAUUCUUGGAGCUGAAGUAUUUCAGACUGUAAACUUUUUACAGAUUGAAACUUUUCACUGUAUAGUAUGUAAUAUGUAUUUUUUUUUUUUUUACUUUGUAGAUAGAUACUUCAUACUUCAGUUUAUUUUUAUUUUUUUUGUUAGGAACUUUUGUGGUUUCUAAUUGCAUUAAACGCUAGAAUUAUGUUGUGCGUAUAUGUAGCACAGAGCCAGCGAAUGUUAAAGGGAAUCUAUCACAGACUAAGGCUUCGACAUGUUGCACAUUGUUGAUAUUACAAACAUAUGCCCAGGCUGUUUUAUUGAUCCUUAAUGCUGAAAUUCCAUUAUAAGAUCAUCCCCUAUGAACUAUGUAUCCGGAGAGUGACUUGCAACUACCACUAACCACUCAUGAGUUACAAGAAAGAAAAUCUAUCAGAAAAGUUAAAUUAUGUGGGUUUGACUUUUUUUUUUUUUUUCUUUUUUUUCUUCCAUCUAGAAGAUUAAAUAAAAUAGUAUCUGUUACUAUUUGAUUUCACUUUCCUGGCAAUAUCUGAAAUUUUUCAAGCCAUUUGCAGUUAAGUCCUUUAACUGCCAGAUGCAUUCUCAACAUUUGUGUCCAGUUAGUGAUAUGCUUACCUGUGUUUGUUUUAAUUCCAAGAAGUAACGACCGAAUGCCUUUAAAGUAUCAUUAGUUAAAGGGACACUGUAGUCACCAGAACAACUACAGCUUAAUGCAGUUGUCCUGGUGAAUAUAAUAGCUCCCUUCAGGCAUUUUAAUGCAAACACUGCCUUUUCAGAGAAAAUGCAGUGUUUACAUUGCCCCUAGGGACACCUCCAAGUG